AUAGGCCUCCAGGGCACCACACAGAUUUUAUUAAAGAAUUUGGUGGGUUCUUAUCAGAACUAGUACUGGCCGCAGAUAGACUCCUUGUCGUUGGUGACUUUAACAUCCACGUAGAUAACGUUACAGAUGCCUUAGGAAUGGCUUUCAAAGACACUCUUAACUCCAUGGGCAUUAGUCAACAUGUGUCAGGACCCACUCACCUUCGUAAUCAUACUUUAGAUUUAAUACUGUCUUACGGUAUAAAUGUGGACGACGUUAAAAUCCUUCAGCAGAGUGAAGACAUUUCGGAUCAUUAUCUGGUAUUAUGUUUGCUUCACUGGCCUACGGCUGCAAAUAAAACUCAUUGUUACAAAUAUGGUAGAACAAUAACUUCAACUACCAAAGAUGCGUUUCUCGAUAAUCUGCCCGAAUUGUCUCAAAUCAUGAGAAAUAACGUUGAAGAUCUUGACAUUACCACUGAAAAUUUUAAUUCCACCUUCUCGGUAACGCUAGACAAAGUUGCUCCACUACGUUUAAAGAAGAUUAAAAAUGGCAGCCCCACACCGUGGUAUAAUGAACACACUCAGGCUCUAAAGAAAGCGGCCCGAAAAAUGGAGCGCAACUUUAAGAAAACUAAAUUAGAGGUAUUUCGUACAGCAUGGAAGGAUAGUAUUCGAAAAUACAGGAAAGCCCUAAAAACUUCUAGAUCCGCCUACUUUUCAUCACUAAUAGAAGAAAACCAGCACAACCCUAGGUUUUUAUUUAACACGGUGGCUAAAUUAACAAAAAAUAAAUCGUCAGUGACUUCUGAUCCUGUAUAUCAGCAUAGCAGUGAUGAAUUUAUGAACUACUUCACAUAUAAAAUCCAAGAUAUUAGAGAAAAAAUUAUAACAAUGCAAUCAGAAGUGAAACCCGCUGAACAAACUAACUACAGCGCCCUUAAGGAGAAAAUGCAAUUAUUUUAUACCCGUAGAUCACGAUGAGCUGUCUAAAAUUAUUAGAUCAUCUACAGUAAAUCAACAACAUGCAUACUAGACCCUAUACCUACAAAUCUACUGAAAGAGAUGCUCCCAGAAAUUAUAGAUCCUCUUCUUGGUAUUAUUAACUCAUCUCUGACAUUAGGACAUGUGCCUAAAGCAUAUAAGGUGGCUGUUAUAAGCAGUGUUGGGUAAUUAGUUACUGUAAUUUAAUUACUUUUCCCUUGAAAAAGUAAAGUAAGGGAUUACUCUUAUUUUUUCUGUAAUUUCAUUACAGUUACUUCUGAUGUAAUUAAACUAAAUACUUUGUGUAAUAUACAGUAUGUGUGUGUAAUAGUGGAAUUAACAUCAAAAUUCAAAGUCCAAGUUUAAAAUCUGUGCUUUAAUGUGUAAUUCUCACAUUUGUAUUUUGCACAUACUUUGGUCAGUUAAUAAGAGUACUUUAUGUAGUUUUAUAUUAUUUAUUUGAAUGAAUUAAAAGAGCCCUUUCAUGUCUAUCCUUGAUUCAGUCCUAAUCAAGGUUGAUGUAGGAUAUAGAAAGUAUUUAAUAACAAGUAACUAAAUACUUUUUGGAGAGAGUAAUUUGUACAGUAACUAUUGAAUAUGUAAUUAGUAUAACUAGUAAUUAAUUACUUUUUGAGAGUAACUUACCCAACACUGGUUAUAAGGCCCCUUGUCAAAAAAAACCAAACUCGACCCUAGAGAACUAGGGAACUACAGGCCUAUAUAGAAUCUACCUUUCAUAUCUAAAGUUCUGGAAAAAGUAGUUUCAACUCAAUUAUGCUCCUUCCUCCAAAGGAAUGACAUCAAUGAAGAAUUCCAGUCUGGAUUUAGAGCAUGUCACAGUACAGAGACUGCUUUGAUCAGAGUUACAAAUGAUCUGCUAUUGGCGUCUGACCGAGGUUGUAUCUCGUUAUUGGUGCUGCUAGACCUUAGUGCUGCAUUCGAUACCAUUGACCACAGCACACUCCUACAUAGACUCGAAAAUUAUGUCGGCAUUAAGGGAAUAGCUUUGAAAUGGUUUAAAUCUUAUUUAUCCGACCGUUUUCAAUUUGUAGCAAUAAACAAUGAGGUGUCACGCAAAUCGCAAGUCCAGUACGGUGUACCACAGGGCUCAGUCUUAGGGCCUCUGCUCUUCGCAUUAUACAUGCUACCUCUAGGAGAUAUAAUAAAGCGACACGGAGUUAGCUUUCACUGUUAUGCUGAUGAUACUCAACUUUAUAUUUCCUCGAAGCCUCAUGAAACACAGCAGUUCCAUCGAAUAAUGGAAUGCAUAGUCGAUAUAAAAAACUGGAUGAGUAACAACUUUUUAUUACUGAACUCGGACAAAACGGAAGUGUUACUUAUUGGACCGAAAACUGCUAUAAGUAACAACCAAGAAUACUGUUUAACUAUUGACGGAUGUUCCAUAAAACCCUCGUCGUCAGCAAAGAAUCUUGGCGUUCUAUUCGAUAGUAAUCUGUCAUUUGAGAGCCACGUCGCCAACACCUGUAAAAUUGCGUUUUUCCAUUUUAAGAAUAUAUCUAAACUACGUCAUAUGCUGUCAAUCUCAGAUGCAGAGAAGUUAAUUCAUGCAUUCAUGACAUCAAGACUAGAUUACUGUAAUGCACUGUUAGGUGGUUGCCCUGCAGGCUUAUUACAAAAACUCCAAUUGGUCCAAAACGCGGCAGCUCGAGUUCUUACACGUACAAAAAAGUAUGAACAUAUUAGCCCGGUUCUGUCAACCUUGCACUGGUUACCUAUAAAGCAUCGCGUUAACUUUAAAAUCUUGCUUAUUACCUAUAAAGCCUUACAUGGUUUAGCUCCUCAGUACUUGAAUGAACUCCUUUUGUAUUACAGUCCUUCACGUGCAUUACGCUCUCAGGCGUCCUGUCAGUUGGUAAUACCUAGAAUUUCAAAAUCAAGUGCAGGUGGUAGAUCCUUUUCCUAUCUAGCGCCUAAACUUUGGAAUAGUCUUCCCUGCACUGUCCGGGAGGCAGACACACUCUGUCAGUUUAAAUCUAGACUAAAGACGCAUCUUUUUAAUCUUGCAUACACUACUCUUCCAUAAUAUAAAUCUUCAGAGGGUUUAGGCUGCAUUAGUUAGAUCAACCGGAACCAAAAACACAACUGAUGUACUUGUUGCAUCAAAGAGUACAGAACAGUACUCUACUCUCAGCCAGUCUUGUCUCAUUGUUCCAAGGUUACCACAGCGAGCAGGAUGCAGUUCAUGGCCUGACCUGAUGGUAGAGCGGAGAAUGGGAAGUGGGGACCUGACAAGAGCUGAGAUGAUAGAGCUGGAUAAAGAAGGACGCGGUCUCCUGACACGUCUUCACCACAAAAUUUCAAAUGCUAUUAGAUUAUUAAUGAUAAUCUUAAACUAUAAUUUACCUUACGAGUAAGUUUAUUUAUUUUAUUUAGCCUUGUUGUGCAAGUUCUCUGGAGCUUGUGCAGAGGCAGCAGCUUUUGCCAGAGGGGAACUGGAAUCCAGAUGUUUUUCUUUAUCAUGGAGAGGAUAAUGUCAUCAUCCACCACUUUGAUCUCAUAUGGACACCCAGGAUUGUUUUGUUACUGAGCUCAGCGGUGUGUUGUUUUUUUCUUAGAAUGUACCAAAUUGUUGAUUUGGCCGCUCUUAAAUGCUUCAUUUAUGACAAAAUUAUUUAAGGAAAAGCCCAUACAUGUGAAUAAAACAGCUUUUUAUUCAACUGUCCAAUUACUUUUGGUCCCUUGAAAAAGGGGGGUGCUUCAUAUUAAAGAGCUGUAAUUCCUAAAUCCUUUAGUUAAUCUGGAUGUGAAUACACUCUAAAUAAAGCUGAGAGUGUGCACUUUAAGACAAUAUCUAUUAUAAAACAUUUGUCAAUAUGUCGAAAACAUAUUGAUACACAGCUAAAAUAACAAAAAAUGUGCUUCUGUCCAAAUAUUUAUGGCCCUAACUGUAUAUGACAUUAUAUUUACAGAUGAUUAAACCAACUUGCCUGUUCGUGCCGUUUGAACGUCGUUUCUUACUUUAAAACCGAAACUAAACGUCUUUUCCUCGCGGAAGGUCUGCGUUCGGUAAAAAUGAGCUUAUAAAAUAUUUCCAAUUCACAUUUCAUGUCCAGUUUGUUUCUCGUGUGGCAAGUAGGCGUGUAAUAAGCGGCAUAAUGUACAAGCAGCCGGCUGUUAUCGCCAAAUAAACCCCUUCUGUGUGACACAAGACCCUCCGCUUUACUUCCUGAUCACACUGAAGGGGAUUAUUUCUGCCAUACAUACCCACACAUACUCGCAUAUAAAACACCAUGGCGAUUCAAAAUAAAAUGCAUGUUGGCCUAAGCAUGUUUGUGUUGUUUUUUUUAUUGAAGAAUAAUAAAGAAAUGGUAUUUCAAAAGUGAUAUCUCAUGAAGCUCAGUCUGUUUAGAGAUCAUCAUCAGGCUGUACCUCCCUCACAGGUCUCCUCUGUUUUCUGACGAUGUGUGUAGUGUAGCACAUGACACAGUACAGGCCCUGUCAGGCACGUCUGAGACACUGAAAUCCUUCAUUCCUGUCAGUUGCCCAAAGGUCAUUUCAUGAUCUUGACCUGGCUAGGGCUGCAGUGUGACAGGUUUGGGUCAGGGAAUGGUGUCUUCAUCAUAAAUGUGACUGAAGACUGUUGACUCAUGCAGAUUCAGCUCAUUUUGCUUCAGUGCUGGUGAUACUGUAGGAGCAAUUAAUAUGAAUUAAUAUUACCUGCAAAUGUUAUCAUUUAUUUUCAGAAAAUAUCCUCAGAUGGCAGGACAGACUGCAUUUUUUUUAUAAAUUCCCUGCAUCAUAUACAUAUGCACUUGUCUGUGCUUUUAUAUAUAUUUAAUAUGAACGUCUGAUAAAUUAAUAUGGCAAAUAUCUCCUUCACAAGAAAAGAAUGAUAUUUUAUUCUUUCAUUUAUUUCGGUCCUCACCGAAGACUUUUCACAGUAAAUAAAAAUUGUUCUAAAUAUAUUAUAUUACAAUAAAUAUUGUUCUAAAAGCAAAACAUUGCGUUGUUAAAUUGGCAAAGCUCUUUCUAUUAAUCCUGUACCUUGCGCAACAAGUUUGCUUUUGUAUGAAUGAAGCCGACUUGACUGCGUCAUGGCUGCCAUCUAGUCCUGUUUACAUGAAAUAAAUCCUGCUCCCAAAGAGGGAACCUAACUAACGGACCUGUUGCUAAGACAACGAGUCCAGGAUGAGCGUCAAAGGACCGAACAUCAAAGAACAUGCGAAAUCGUCAACAAUCAAAUCCAGCUAACUGAGUUAGCGAGGUACGAAGAAAAGGCCUAUAGGUAUUUAGUAUGAACCAACAAACAAGAUCUGAAAACAAACUUGUUACUAAACCUUGCACUUUACUUGAAUUAUUCUAAACACGGAGGGCGCAGAACUACACUACAGCCUGCUUCAUUUCUCUUCACUGUAAAUCACAGAUAACACACAUCAAACACCAACUGACAUUUUUUUAACUGCCUAAUAUUGUAAGCACAUUCAAGCUGAAGACAUUUUCAAUAUAAGACAUUAGAUUGUUCGUCAAUAUUAGCUCUGUCAUCAUGCUUUCUAUGCAGCUCGCUAAGAUAACGUCACAAAAAAGUUGAAAAAGAUCUUCUGACCUCCAACAACGGGAUAUACCCCUCAAUCCAAUUGCUGUAACCCUUCAGAAGAAUGGGCUUUUGUCUUUGUCAGCCCAUGACUCCACUGGGUUCAUAGUAAGAGGAGGCAAAAAGCGCUUUGAGGUUUGUGGUCCAUGCAGCCACUGCUGUUGUGAUGCUUCUGUUUACCCUCUCAGCCUCUUUUCAGAUUCAAGAUGGCAGCAGGCUGAAUAAGGUCUAUGGACUGAGUUUGCAAUUGGAAAAACAUCUUGGGGUAAAUUUGGAACGGGAGGUGUUUUACUUCUGCUGGGGAGGUCAAAUGGGAAAGAAUGUGAAGAGAAGUAGUGAAGAAAAGAAAAUGGAGGAAAAUGUUUCCCAGCUGCCCAUUUGUUAUAUAUACUGUAUAUAUGCUGUAUAACUGCAUAUAAAAUAUGCCACAACCUCUUCACACACCUUAAAGAUUUGAACCUGUUGACUUCGUAUGGAAAAUGGUUUUAUUACGAAGAUUUUAAAAAGGUAUCAUUUAGAAGAACAAGACAUUUCACCUGAUCACUAAAUGAUCUCUCUUGCGCAGACAGGAACCAGCGGUGAGUCCAAAGCCAGGACUCACAUUCGAUGAAGCCAAGCAAGUUUGCUAAAAUGCCACCCACCAUGCUCUACAGAAGCGGCACAAAGUCCAGACAUGGAUGGAGAGGGUCAGAGAGGGUCCCGGCCACCACCGACCUCUGUGGCCCGUAGAUGGACCCUCACCACUUCCGGCUACAGGAACAGCGGGCCAGCCAGGAUCUCUGUUUGAUCCUUGAAAUGGCAGGCAGACUGACUGCUGGAAAGCAAAGGCGUGUGGCUUUGAUGGAGAAGCUCACCUUCCCGGUCCUGAACUACGGAGAACUGGUUUUAAUGCUUUGAAAGGACUCCUCUUCUAGAAAAUUCACUUUUACAAGGGGUUUACACUAAUAUGUGUCCGCUUUGUGUGUAAAAACAGCCUAUAAUAGUCCUUUUAUAUAAUCCACAUAAACCAGAAGUACUCUCUUCUAAAUCUGCUAAACUAACACAUGACAACAAGGAAAGGUUAUCCCAUUUUCGUGAAUUUAAAUCUCUGUGGUUUUCACAGCCAUGGCAGCGCAGCAGUGUUGGGGCCAUAGAUAUAAAUAACUAGAUGCCGCAUUCAAGCGCUCCAGGCAUGUAGACGUGUUCCCCAUCUCGGAACGGUCCACUGACGUCACUCACAGUUGACUAGAAUGCCUCAACACUGCCCCUUUAAAACACAUUGUGCACAGAAGGUUUUUUUAAUAGAAAUGUUUCAUCUACUUGAAUUUAUAGCUGUUUAUAUGCGUGUUGCUCAAAUAUUAUUUGACAUGGUGUCUGUGUUUUAGGAUAACGUGCCAAUAAAGAC